AGAAACCUUUCACUGCUAUUUUCCUUCGAAUUUUCGACAUUUGUAAGUUCUGAGCGCAAUCCUUACGAUCGUCGCCAUCUUUCUGCUAUAAAAAGGUUCUAAUGAUGAAGAUUGACUUUAGUGGGCUUGAAUCAGCUGUUCUGCGUAGUUGUCCAAACAGUGAGUUGUUUGAUGGGAUUUCAACCACCCCUUCAUUCCAGAUUCCGAGUACUACUGAUUUUGAUGGAUUUCAGAAAGAAGCUAUCCAAAUGGUGAAGCCAGCAAAGGGGACUACUACUCUUGCAUUCAUUUUUAAGGAAGGCGUGAUGGUUGCUGCUGAUUCUCGUGCCAGCAUGGGAGGCUAUAUCUCAUCACAAUCUGUGAAAAAAAUCAUUGAAAUUAAUCCAUACAUGCUUGGCACAAUGGCUGGAGGAGCUGCUGACUGCCAGUUCUGGCACAGAAAUCUGGGCAUCAAGUGCCGCUUACAUGAACUGGCGAACAAGAGACGAAUUUCAGUUACUGGGGCUUCAAAGUUGCUGGCAAAUAUUCUUUAUUCUUAUCGUGGAAUGGGUUUGUCUGUUGGAACCAUGAUUGCUGGGUGGGAUGAAAAGGGUCCUGGCCUGUAUUAUGUGGACAGUGAAGGAGGACGGCUGAAAGGAACAAGAUUCUCAGUUGGAUCUGGUUCACCAUAUGCUUAUGGUGUACUGGAUAACGGGUACCGUUAUGAUAUGUCAGUUGAAGAAGCGGCAGAGUUGGCUAGACGAGCUAUUUAUCAUGCAACAUUCCGAGAUGGAGCCAGUGGUGGAGUUGCUAGUGUUUAUUACGUGGGACCGGAAGGAUGGAAGAAGCUAUCAGGUGAUGAUGUUGGAGAACUUCACUACAUGUAUUAUCCAGUUGAACCAACAGCAGUGGAACAGGAAAUGACUGAAGUGUCUGUGGCCUGAGAAUCACAAAGGGAUAUUUGCUGUAAUGUUUUUCUUAAAUACAUGGAAUCACUUCCAUCCUUAAUUUCUAGACACCCGAAUUUAACCUGGUUUUGCUGGUAUCAUUUUGUGUCUGGUUAUGAAGUUUUUAACUGCGUUGCCUGAUAGAUUAGUUUUCCAUGUUUCUGAUGUUCCCUCUCUCCUGUGUGUGAGUUUUU